AUGAGUGAUUGGGAUUUCCUAGAUGAAGUUGAUGUGUUAGCUAAGCUCCCAGCUAAUUUCGAAGAGUUAAGAGAAUCCAAAAAAUGGUUAGAGCGAAAAGAAGCUUUAGAACAAUUGGCGAAUCUGAUAGAUGCCAAUCCUCGUUUGUCUACGAAGGCAAAUUAUGCUGAUAUAACAGGCAACUUGAGAACUAUGUUAGCUAAAGAUGCAAAUAUUAAUGUAUGUGCUGUUUGUGCCAAAUGUAUUUGUGGACUCGCUAAAGGUCUUAGGCAAAAAUUCAGUCCUCUCGCACAAUCUAUUUUCCCGGUUAUUUUCGAAAAGCUUAAAGAGAAAAAGCCACUUCUCAAGGAUCCGCUGGUCGAAUGCCUUGAUGCUUUAAUCGCCACUAUUCCAACUAUUGAAGCUCUUACCGAAGAUAUCUCUACGUUCAUAGUAAAACCGAAUCCUCAGAUUAAACAACAAAUGGCCUUGUUUAUAUAUAGAUCUCUCAAUACACUAACCACUGAUAAAGCGCCCAAACCUUUCAUGAAAGCUAUCGUCCCACUCAUCGGUAAAAUCAUGGGAGAUGCUGAUGCUGAUGUUCGUGAAGCUGCAACUUUGGCUCUUGGAGGAGUCUACCGGCUUAUAGGAGAAAAAGGAGUGCGAACUUUAUUGGGAGAUGCUGCUACUGAAGAUAAAAUGAAGAAAAUCAUUGAGUGCUCAGAAAAAGCUAAGGAGGAACACAAUGAAUACAUGGCCAGUAAGAGCCCCCCUGCUUCUGCUCCAGGUGGUGGAAAUGCAGCACAGUCUUCUAGUGCUCCUACUACCGUAUCAGCUGCUGCGCCCGUUGUAUCUGCUCCCGUACAGGAGGCAGAUCCUUUUGAAUUUUUAACUGCUGUUGAUGUCUUGGCUAAGCUACCAUCAGAUUUCAAUGAUAACAUGGAGAGUAAAAAAUGGUCCGAACGUGCUGGUGCUCUACAGGCUUUCUUAGACUUGAUGUUGAAAGAUCCCAAAUUAGAUCCUAAAGCUUCUUAUGGAACGAUGAUAGAUUUACUUAAAAAAGUCCUCGAAAAGGAUGCUAACAUUAAUGUAUGUGCUCUUGCUGCAAAGUGUAUUAAAGGAUUGGCUGAUGGACUGAGAAAAAAGUUUGCUCCUUUCGCUCCGGUGGUUAUCCCUAAGAUCUUGGAGAAAUUCAAAGAGAAGAAGCCCAUGCUUAGAGAUCCGCUGAUUGAAUGUAUUGACUCAGUUGCUGCUUCAGUUCCUCUUGAUUCAAUGCAAGACGAUAUAAUGGCAGCCAUGGAGAACAAAAAUCCUAACAUUAAGAUUCAAACAGAUCUCUUCCUAUAUAGAGUCUUCAAAACCUUCAACGCUACGACUAUGCCCAAGAAAACCUUGAAAGCUUUUUCAACUCUUCUGAUAAAGCAUACCGGUGAUUCUGAUCCUGAAGUUCGUGAUGCCUCUUAUGCUGCUCUAGGGUCUGCUAUGAGAGCUAUAGGAGAAAAGCCUUCCCUGGCUCUUUUAUCUGAUAUCGCUGAAGAUAAGCUCAAAAUGACUAAAAUCAAAGAAUUCUGUCAAAAAGCAGCAGAAGAAGUUGGACCAGAAGUUGUGCAAGCUAUGGUACAGUCCGUACACAAAGCCGACGAACCCGCUCAGCCACCACCACCGACAAAGACAGCUCAACAAGCUCAGAAAAAAGGAUCUCUAUCGCGCCAAGGCUCCACUAAUAAUAUUCAGGAAGAAGAGGUUGGAGGAGAUGUAACUAAAAAAGUUGUUAAGCCAGCCAAAAAAGAGGAGCCGAAGCCGGAAGAGCCCGAAGAACCUGCUGCUCCUACUGCUCUUCUAGUUGUAAACUCUGAGAAAGCAAUUAGAAUCAAGAACGAGAGAACUUUGAAAGUUAUCAAAUGGAACUUUGCAACUCCCGCUUCCGAGCAUGUAACUCAACUUCAAGAUUUGCUAGGAGCCGUUUCUAAGCCUGCUCUUCAUGGACUCCUUUUUCAUAAGGACUUCAAACAGCACAUAAAGGCUUGUGAGAUGUUAACUUCGAUUGGACAAACAACUCCGGAAGCCUUAGUCGCAAAUAGCGAUCUACUCCUGAAAUGGUGUACUCUUCGAUUCUUCGAAACGAAUCCAGCUGUUCUGAUCAAGGUAUUAGAUUUAGCUAAGCUUAUAAUUGAAUCAGUUAGAAAUGCCGAUGAACAAAUGUCAGCAGAAGAGCUCUCUGGAUUCUUACCUUACCUUUUGUUGAAAUCGGGAGAACCAAAAGAAAAUGUGCGAGUUGUAGUCAAAGAGAUCGUCGAUGAAUUGACUGAAAUCACAUCUCCAUUGAAAAUGACACCUCAUAUUUUAGAAGCUUUAAAGUCGAAAAAUGCACGUCAAAGAACAGAAUGUCUCCAGUAUUUAGAAAAUUAUAUCAUCAGAGCUGGUGCCUCGACUAUUAAAAGCUUGGGCAUUCACAAGCUGAUUGCAGCUCAAGUCAGUGAUAGGGAUAAUAACGUCAGAAAUGCUGCGAUAAAUGGCUUGGUAGCUUGCUAUCGAGAGGAAGGAGAUCAGAUGUGGAGAAACGUAGGCAAAAUCGCUGAUAAAGACAGAGCUCUCGUUGAAGAAAGAAUCAAAAGAAUGGGAGUUGUUCCUGGAUCAGUCGCACCACCUGCUGCUGCAGCUCCCACUCCAAAAGGAAAAGUUGGAAGUGCUAAAAUUAUUGUUCCCCCUGAGCGUGGCCCUGCUGUUACUCGUCCAGGAAGUAUGGAUAGGACGUUCUCUCGGAACGAGAACUCUGAUGAUACCACUAUGGUUACCGAACGGCAUAUGCCUCGAGCUAGAUCGCGGUACGAAAUAGAUGAAGAGUUUGUUGAAAUGGGUGUACAUUCGUUGGAUAGUACAAAACAAUUAGAUCUUCUGGACCAGAUGGAAGCUCCUAGUGCUGCUAGUCUCAAACCAAAAAUUUCCUCUACUGCACUUAAGCGAAGUGGAUCAUCAUCGAGCAUCUCAUCAAUUGAUACGUUAGAUCAUUUCGAGCGUGUGAUUCAGAAUAUUGCAUCGGAUAGGUAUGAGAUUGUUAAAGAAGCUCUUGAACAGGUUUACUACAUGCUUUCUGUUGAGGAACAGAAAGAGUUAGUUGAGCAGCGUAUAUCAUAUGUGGUGAAGUAUUUUGCUAUGCAACUAAAUUAUAUAACUAACGCUUACACUGUUAACUCAGGUCAAGGAAGAGACUUGCUCAAAAUGAUUUUCAACUUUUUCCAUUCUCUUCAUGCAAAUAAUAACCCGAUGACUUACCUUAAUGAAGAGUCUAUGUCGGAGUGGCUAUACGCUGCUAUUAACUUAUUAACAACGACAACAGCUAUCGAUCCUCCCGAGUUCGAAGAGGGAAUUUCCAUAAGAAAGUCGAUUAAUGUUACAAUCCUUCGUAUUUGUGGAAGAAUGGAGCCCACUGUGUUCUUUGCAGCUUGCGCUCAAUGUUUAACAAAAGCUCUUCUUCAAGAUCCCAAUGGCGAAUCUGUGGGACUUUUCAGCAAGUGUAUUUAUAAAUGGCAGGAUAACAUGACCAAGGCUCCUAAGCCAUUAAGACUAAACACAUUCCUCAAAUAUGCUAAUGAGUUCUACAAUAAGAUUAUUGAUCAACCUCAAAACUUCUUCAUCGACGAAGCUAUUCGCUGCAUGGAUAUGUGUAUACAACAAGCAGUAAUGAUCAUGGGAGAUGUGGUUCUCGACGCAGUGAGAAGAAUGCCAAAUCCACAUGCUCAUCUAGUGUCUUAUGCCAAUUGCUGUCUGCGACAAUUUCAGAACGACAACGACAAUUGGAUGCCUCUCUUACCAGGAAAGGUUGCUCCUGAACUCCCUCAACCGAGAACUUCACGUUCAGAAAAUGUUCCACAUCGUAAAGAGGUCUUUGUGCUUGUUGAUAACUGUAUUCGUGAUAUGACAUCGUUUGAACGACAUAUUUCAAGUCUUGCGAGCUACAUAAAAGAGCACCCAGAAGAGCGUAAUGCAUUCCGUGAUUAUACCAACAGAAAUGAAUCUGCACGUGCGAUCGGUAUGGUUGUUGAAGGAAACCAACGUAUAGCCGAGGCUGCUUUCCAACCUGAUUUGGUUGAAAGUGGCAAGGAAAUGUAUGAAUUCACUCUGAAAUUGGAGAAUAUGUUUGGCCAAAACUGGCAAACUAAUCCAGUACAUAAAACUAAAGAUUUAAGUGAUGAAGCUCUAACAAGCUCGAUUGUUGUUCCGAGUACACUAGCAGCUCGGACACCACCCCAAGAAACAAAAAAACUAACCAAAGCUAGACGUUCCGUCGACCCUGUUACUUUGAAAAGCAUUCGAUCACGAUUAGCUGAGAUCGAAGAUAACUAA